AUGGACCCAGCAGUUCACAACCCCUCCGCUGAGCUCCGUGAGGAUCUACUUUACACGGUGGAAUAUGACUGUCAGGAGUGGUUGACGCUGCCAAGGGGAGGAUACCGGGAGAUCUUAGCCAGCCGUCUACAGCGGAUGGUGUCCGGACUCCCCUGGUUAUUCGGCGCGCUACACCCCCGCAUCCGGGACUUCCUCGUGUCCACCAUAGGCAUCCGCCCGGAACUACCUCUCCGGUGGGAAGAGUCGGAGGACGUUCAGUCCGGUCCACUGGAGGAUUCGCGGCCCGGCUCAGCUCCUUCCCCAUCCCGAAGAAAACGGCGUUCACGCCGCCGUCGCGCCACCCCACAGCCGGACGUUCGGACUUCUAAUUCACCUGCUGUGGAAGACCAUCCGCUACCACAGAAACCUGAAACAACUUCUUCACCCAGGGUAGUUGCAACAGGCCCUCCAACUGCUGAUGCUAAUGCAAGCCAGCUGAAAACCUUGCAGCUCCCCAGUCCUCCGGAAUAUGUUCUGUACACCGACAUAAAAAGGCAAGGACCAACACCGGAGAGGGGACGGCCCAAGAGAAGGCUCACUGACCUCUACCCAAGGGAUGAAGAAGCUGAUGAUGAAGAUGCUGAUCGCAGUUCUUCCAGUGGUGCAUCUACUCUGUUAUCACCUGUCAGAAAUUCUGACAAUGCCUCCACUUCAUCUGACAAGGAUAGUCGGCAAAUACAAGCAAGACAUUACAAAACAUUACAAGAAAUGUGUAAGAAGGCAAAACCAAACCAAGAAGAUGUGUCCCAGCUAUUAGACCUCGAGUUUGAAGCCAGAAGAUCCUUCAUUGACUCAGACACCAUGAAAGAGGAGAACAGAGCUUGCCUCAUCUUGGAUGCAUAUCCAUGCUUUAAAGAAUUGCAUCAUGCGUUGGGUGAGCUUCGCAGAAUUUUGGAUCCCCACAACAACAAGUUCAUCAGUCAAGUAAAACUGAGAUGGGAAGAAUUCUGCUCCAGGGUAGAGUUCUACGGUGUGUCAAAGAAGGCAAUGAAUCCACCAAUGACCAUGGACAAAACUGAAGCCCACCUUGCACUGAUGAAGGCUCUUCCAACCCUCUUUCCCACACCUGCCCAUCCACCAAAAAAGAUGGGGAAUGCUUCUGAAGCAUUUCUACAUGUCCUGAAGCCUACAGAAGAUCCAGAUGCUGUCCUCCAGAAACGAAGCUUGUCAUGUCCAGUAGUGAUGUUCGAUGGCUGCAAGUGUGUCAUUGCUGUUGGUAAUUUACCAGUUACAACAUUUGACAAAGAAAAAAUUGGUGAGGCUAUGAUAUAUGUGAUGGCAUACUUUUAUGCACUCCAUCUGACUUACCCCAAAUGCGUGGCAACCCUGCUGUCUGUCAUUCAGACAGAAGUUCUCCAGGAUGCCAUUCAUGAGCAUGACACUACAUCAUCUUACAGAAAAGCCCUGGCAGAAUGGCAUGCAUUUAUUGGAAAGUAGUGUGUAAAUUUCAGAUAAGAUUAGGAGAGGGCACUUCUGUUUUGUUUUUGUUUGUUUUUUCAAUGUGGGUCUUAUUUCUAAAAUGGAAAAUGUUCAUUUACUCACCCAGACAAGUUUUGUGGUAUUUGGUGUCAUUCGGAAGAAAUUUGAAUCUUUGUGGUCUUCCUAUGUCACUCGUCAAUUUUAAUGGGGCAAUGGCGAAACCUCUAAGGCUGUUGAAAUGUUGAAACCACUUAAACAAACUCAUAAUGUUGGACCUGUACUGUUCAAUUGUAUCUUUAUUAUCUGCAGGUUAUUGUUAAA